AUGAUUGACCUAACAUUGUCUAGCGAUGAGGAGGCACCGCCCAAGCGCCAUGAAGCUCUCCAAGCGACACAACCACAGCAUAACUGCGGGUCUCCAAACCUCCCAAGCGCUGCGGAGGCAGUUGCCGCUCCAUCCGGACACGCGCAUGCAACCUUUCCGCCAUUUGGAGAAUCUGGGGCCCGGGGCCACGCCGCAACCGACCUAGAUCAGGAUCACGAGCUUGAACCCACUCAGCGAAUCAACCCGUCCGGGCCUGACGGCACAGAUGACCUUCUCCACUUCUUAACUGGUUUCAACGACAACGACGAUGGCAGCGACGACGCGGACGGUGCAGGUAGCGGGGGGGCAGAUGCAAACCCAGGUCGUCGUGAUCAGCAUGCCGACGGAAAUCCUGGUGGAUGCGGGGCUCCCGGAACCAGCGGAAGAGGCGCCAACGGCGCCAAUGGCCGCAGACCCUGCGGGCGGCGGAAGAAGGAAGAAAUAGAGGAGGACGGAGGGCCUAGCUGCGAUAGCGAGGCGGCAGCAGCAGCAGCAGCACCCAAGAAGAGACGCGGGGGCGGCGGCAAGCGGCUGACCGCGGAGGAGCGCGAGGAGCGGGACCGCGCCAAGGCGGCGGAGAAGGCGGCCAAGGCGGCCGAGCGGGCGAGAAUCAGAGAGGAGAAGGCCGCGGCCAAGGAGGCGGAGAAGGAGCGCAAAGCAUCGGAGAAGGAUGAGCAGAAGCGGGCCAAGGCGGCAGAAAAAGAGUCGGCUAAGGAGCAGAAGGAAGCUGGAAACUGCAGUGCUGAAUGGGGCGGGUUUGGCGCCCUGAAGGUCACGAUGGUGGGUCGCUACAUGCGGCUCCUGAUCAGCAACACGCUGGCGGCCACACCCCUGGGAUACAAGAUCGUGGACAUGAUUCCCGUCGUGCGGGGCAACAAGAAGGACGAGACCUUCCCGCACGAGGUUCACAAGGACAUGCCCCUGGCCGCCCGGGGCUACAAGUACUGCAUGUGGGGCAUGCGGCUGCCCGCCGCGUCCGCCGCGCGGCUGCAGGCGGCGGAGGGGUGCGCACUGGAGGCCAGCGGACUGCCUGAGCCGUCCGGGAGGGACUCGCCCCUGAUGCUCUUCCCCGCGCUGUUGCUCGUCCUCACGGGGGACGAGCUGCUGCUGAGGCUGGAGGCAGACCCGGCGGCGCCGCUGGGGACGCUGUACAACGAUGUCGUACGGGCGCACCCGUUCGCCUCCCCGGUGGUGUACGUGGUGGGGCUGGAGGAGGCCAUGAGGCGCCGGGAGCGGGCCAACAGGUCCUUCAACAGGAUGGCUGUGGAGGACCUGCUGUUCGACGUGGCAGUCGGCAUGCCCGCAGUCAGACUACAGUACGACUGUCCCGAGGGCGACCUGACUCGCGCCGCCAACGACAUCCUGAACCUGGGGUACACGCUCUCCCAGCAGCCCAAGAAGCGUCUGGAAGCCUACCUAGACACGUUCGGUAGCAGGACCACGGUGCCGCUGCGGGCUGUCAAGGAGGUGCUCGCGCAGCAGGGCGGCACAGCGCAGCUGACCCUGUGUGAGGCGCUCAGCCAGCUGGUGGCGCCGCAGCGGGCGGCGGCGGUGGCGGCGGAAUACCCCUCGCUGGCGGCUCUCAUCGAGGCGUUGAAGGCCAGGCCGGAAGGACGAUCCCGCGAGGCCCUGUUGGCGAAGUGCCGCAUCCCCGGCGUAGUGGCGGCUAAGGGCAGGCAGCAGGUCGCAGGCCCCGCGGCCGCGGCGCGACUGGCACGGUUCCUGCUCAUGCAGAACGGGCGGGAGGAGUGGAAGGAAACGGAGGAGUGA